AUGUUGUCCCACCCGUGUUUGUCAGACAACAGCAAGAGGCUGGACGGAGAAACAGAGCGGUUCCAGUUCCAAAAGAAUCUGCGUCGCCUGGUCUCUCAGCUCUACGUCAGAGACAACUGUCACCCGUUCAAAGCCAGUGUCCUGGUCUGGGUUCAGCUGCCCCUGUGGAUCAGCCUCUCUUUGGCCCUCCGAAACCUCAGUCUCAAUCAGCCCGAUGUUGGGGCUUAUCUGGCAGCGGGUGGCGCUCUCUGGUUCCCGGACCUCACCGUUCCUGACUCCAGCUGGAUCCUGCCGGUCUGCCUCGGACUCACCAAUCUGCUUCUUGUAGAGGUGUUUUCUCUCCAGAGAGUCAACCCGUCUCGUGUUCAGAGGAUUGUGACGAACGCCGUGCGAGCGUUCUCGCUGUUGAUGAUUCCCAUCGCCGCGACCGUUCCCUCUUCCAUGGCGCUCUACUGGCUCACCUCCAGUCUUGUGGGAUUCAGUCAUAACCUCGUCCUGCGUUCUCCUGCCGUCCACAGACUCCUCAGACUCCAAACUCCUCGAUCAGAGACUCCCUACAGAGACCUGGUGUCUGCCUUCAUCACCAAGUACUGCAAAUAAACACAGAGUACUGCAAGUACACGUUAAAUACUUCACAGAUCAGAGACUCCCUACAGGGACCUGGUGUCUGGCUUCAUCACCAAGUACUGCAAAUAAACACAGAGUACUGCGGAUAAACACAGAUUACUGCAGGGGCUUUGAUCUGCUGA